AUGCGGUUCAAACCACACUUGAUCGGCGCCUCAGAACACACGCUGUCUCUGACGAACAUCAGGUCCUCAUUCUAUGAUAUCCGCUACAUUUCUGGUGCUACUGGCGACUGCCUCUGUCGGGCCGAGGAGAGAGUGACGUUCCGUAUGAGACAUCUUGAGCCCACUCAAGGCCACGUCAGCAUGAAUACUGUCUCCGGUGCUCUCAAGGUCCAUUGGGUUAGUGGGGAUCCGAGCCCGGGGAUCGUCGAGUACAAGGCUGCUGGCGAUUCCGAAUGGUCUGUGAGGCAUGCCUCUGUUACAACCUACGACUAUGAGGAUAUGUGUAAUCGGGAUGGAGAUCCGAAGACUUACUACGAUCCUGGCUUCUUCUAUACAGCGGAUUUACCAGCAUCAUUAGAAGGGGAAAUUCGUGUUCGCUUUGGUGGCAUUCAUCAUCGCUCGGAAAUCUUCACAGUCACCGCCCCCGUUCCCCCGAGCUCCGAUGAGCCCCACAGUGUCGCUCUUUUUGGCGACAUGGGGGUUCAGGGCUACUAUCGAGGGCCUGAUGCAGUAGAUGUUCCUAGCGGAAGGUGGGAUACCUACUGGGUAGUCGACCAUAUGCGGUCCAAUACAAGGUUGAGGAUGGCAGUGCACAUUGGUGAUGUGUCCUAUGCUAUGGGGUAUGCUCGUAUAUGGGACUUGUUUGGUACUGCCCUUGAAGGGGUGGCGAUGAGGAUGCCCUAUAUGGUGAGUAUUGGUAAUCACGAGUUUGAUCAUACUAGUGGAGGCUGGCAUCCUUGUUGGGGCAACUUUGGUUCGGACUCUGGUGGGGAGUGUGGUGUCCCGACUAGACACAGAUAUCAGUUCCCAUAUUGGUAUUACUCCUUCUCGUUUGGUCUCGUUCAUUAUGUCAUGCUUUCUUCUGAGCAUGACUGGACUGAAGGCAGCGAGCAAUGGGAGUGGCUCGAUGAACAACUGGCCAGCGUCGAUAGACUUGUAACUCCCUGGGUCGUCGUGACCGCCCACCGUCCCAUGUUG